CGUGUCAGAACGUCAGCACACGAGGCGUUAGGAGAGAGCCCCCUUCCUUCCUUUUAUUUUGAGUUUUUAUAUUAAAUGCGUCGAAGUUGGGAGUUUGAGUUGCAAUCUCGGCCCUUUCGGUUGGUGUUAGAAGUGGUGAUUUUUGUCUUGCUCACUCUCUCCUCUACCGGAAUCAUACGGAACGGACUUUGUGAAAAUGGCAACCCUAGGAGGUGUUCACGAAUCACAAGGAGAAGUAGAAGGACAAAUUGCAGCAGUUCAGAACAGCGCCGAUAUCGAAGGCCUCGCUCGUUUCGCCGUCGAAGAACACAACAAGAAAGAGAAUGCGCUGCUGGAGUUUGCACGGGUUGUGAAGGCGCAUGAACAAGUGGUGGCCGGUACAUUGCAUCAUCUUACUCUGGAGGCCAUCGAUGCGGGUAAGAAGAAGGUAUACGAAGCCAAGGUUUGGGUGAAGCCGUGGAUCAACUUCAAGGAAUUGCAGGAAUUCAAGCAUGCCGAUGCUGCCCAGUCAUCUUCGCGGUUUACCUCUUCAGAUCUUGGUGUUAAGAAAGGUGGGCAUGGCCCAGGAUGGCAAGCAGUGCCACCAAGUGAUCCCCAAGUUCAGGACGCAGCAAAUCAUGCUGUGAAAACCAUCCAGCAGAGGUCUAACUCCCUGUUCCCUUAUGAACUUCAAGAUGUCAUUCAUGCGAAGGCAGAGGUGAUAGAAGAUUUUGCAAAGUUCGAUUUGCUUCUAAAGCUCAAAAGGGGAAGCAAAGAAGAAAAGUAUAAAGUGGAGGUACAUAAGAACAAUGCAGGUGGCUUCCAUUUGAAUCAGAUGGAGCAACAUGAGGGCUGACUUCAUUUGCCAUCUAUAGCCUCACAGAUAUUGUGUGGCCUGGUAUAUUUGAUCUGCGUAUGUGUUUAUUUUAAGUGUACGGCUUGCCAGCCCACAAAAAAUGGAAUAGUGUCUAAGUGUGUAUGAAUUUUAACAUAUCUAUAUGGUUGGUGAUGUUACGGCCUUAUAUACUUCAUCUGACGGCCUUAUAUACUUCAUCUGGUGGCAUAGCAGCUUGUUGUUAACAAAUAGAGAGUUUUUUUGUUUUUCUA